CAUCACGUUUUGUUGGUUGCAAAUGUCAUGAGACUCAAGUGCUGUGACUAGCGACGUUGAGGCCGGCUUUUUUUCGUCAUUUCAGCCGCAUAGAGCCAUUGUUUAAGGAGAUUUAACUGUGAGAAGAGCCAAGUACGACAGAAUGGGCUUGCUAGCGAAGACUCAGUACACCGUGUACAGCAUAACCAGCUUCGUGAUCCUUUGCGUUGCACUGUACUAUAUUCUCUCUGGCAAAGGGUCGAGGUUAGACUUUGGAUGGUUCUUGGAAGGAAUCUCUCCGUACAUGUGGUGCUGUCUUGGGAUUGGUCUGUCCAUAUCGCUAUCUGUUGUUGGCGCAGCCAGUGGCAUCUUCACAACAGGUGUGAGCAUCGUGGGUGGGGGUGUGAAGGCUCCACGCAUUCGUACCAAGAACUUGGUCUCCAUCAUCUUCUGUGAGGCAGUAGCCAUCUAUGGCAUCAUCAUGGCCAUUGUGCUUCAGGGCCAGAUCAACAGAUUUAACGAUGACACUCUCGACUACAAACAGAAGGCACUCAACUACAUGUCUGGCUACAUCAUGUUUGGAGCAGGCUUGGUGGUUGGCCUGGGCAAUCUCUUCUGUGGGAUGUCUGUGGGUGUUGUGGGGUCAGGUGCUGCACUGGCUGAUGCAGCCAACCCGGCGCUCUUUGUCAAGCUGCUGAUUGUGGAGAUCUUUGCCAGCGCCAUUGGACUGUUUGGCCUCAUUGUGGCCGUCAUCAUGUCUGCCAAAAUCAGCAUGGGCGACUCUACCAAGGCCUAGCGUGGUGCAGUCGCAGCAUAUGCUACCCCGAAGCUCCCUCUUAUCCUCCACUCUCCAGAGCUCUUCUACCCCAGCUGGGUCAUUGUGAACUUCUUGCAGCGGGGUCUCUCACAUUGGAGACUCGUCAAGUGAAGAGAUGCAACUGCCAGGAUUGUGUACUUGUUUCAGCAGAGUGUGUUGUUUCUCACCUAACCAAGCCACUACUAUUCUUUGCCUGUGCAGUACAACCUGUUCAGUUUCCUGCAUUAUCACAAAAUUGUUCCCGUUGUAAGACCUUCUGUCCAUUCCAUAGCAGUCCCCAUUGCCUCUGGCAGACAUGUUUAAAUGCCUUCUUGUAAAAAAAAAAAAAAGCAUCACAUCAAGCAGCCACAUUAUAAUGGACAAUUUCUUGUGCAUUCUAGUCUGGUGGUUUUUGGCACAAAUCACAGUGAACAGCUUGGACUCUCAGAUUUUUCUUUCUUUCACUUCUCCUACUGUGGCAAGUUUUGUAUUGCUCCCAAUUGAUAAAUAGUGGCCUGAAGUCCAAAGAAUGUGCUGCAAGUGUGUGAACCUAAUCCCAUUGAUAGCACACCUAUGCUUAGUAUAGCAAAUGUUGUGGAUAUAUAGUUAAGCGUGGAAAUAUUUAUUUGUACAUAUGCGACAGUUGGUGUGUUGCUGCUGUGUGCAAAGAUAGUAAAAAUACAGUUGUCGAAA